AUGCACUCGCCAAAGCCCGCUCAUAAGAAAUACGAUGAUCCAAUCCGACAAGCAAAUGCCUGUGACGAGGCCGCGCUCCUCGCCGCCAACCAGCAACUCCAGAAUACGUUCGGCGGAUUUGUGGUCAAUACCACUCGAGAAUUCCAAGAUCAUCUCGUGCCCAAACACGAAUCACCCCCGCCGGCACAGCAACUGCACUAUGACCCCUACCAAAUCCUCGGGCCGACAUGCACGCGAUUGGCGCAUUCCGGAAGUGGCCAGACACAGUUGUGGCAAUUUUUAAUGGAGCUGUUAGCCGAUCAGAGAAACGCCGAAAUCAUCACUUGGGAGGGGUCGCAGGGCGAGUUCAAGCUGGUCGACCCGGAUGAGGUGGCUAGAAAAUGGGGAGAGCGCAAAUCCAAGCCGAACAUGAACUACGACAAGAUGUCCCGCGCCCUACGAUACUACUACGAUAAGAAUAUUAUGUGCAAAGUCCACGGGAAACGCUACGCAUACAAGUUUGACUUCCAAGGCAUCGCCGCCGCCAUGCAGCCCCAACCCGGAGCGCCAGAUUACUUGUCCGCCUCCUCGGUUGGUCGUCUCCAUCAGGACUUCAUCAACAGCGGCUGGAGCGCGGCCAACUAUCGGUCGUUGAUUCCGACUGGAUUCCAGGCAUCCGGCGGUCUGUUCGGGGCUGGCUACGUUGUUUUGCGUACUUUUUGGGUCGAUAACCGGCCAAAGGUGCCCGAGGGGAUGGAUAUCCGGUGGGACACGGCUGCAGUGUUUGAAGAAAAUCGACCAGCCGUGGAUGCGCAACUACACCGAGGCGCACGACAUUCUUCCACUCGUCCUGUCAAGAAACCGGUCUACGCGCUGCUGAAGACUGCCGAGUAUCGAGGUGAAUAUUGCCCUGGGAUUCUCCUCCACGCCGACGGCUGCUCUAAACACCAGCGCAUCGAAUACGCAUGCGUGGCAAGCCCGGGCUCUUCCCAGUACCUCGGCGUCAUUUGCCAAUGGACCCACGGCAAGAAGAUGCACCAGGCGGAGAAGGUGGCCGUCGCGCAGUUAAGAGCGAAAGCCGACGCAAGUGAACUACAAGCAGGCCUGUUGGUUAUCCUGAUAUUUGACGUGUUGAUGUUGAUGAUCAUCCUCUCAAUCCUCAUCUACGCAUGUCGAGCCACUGGAGAACAGAGAGAUUUCUUGAAAGGAAUUCGUCUCCUUGAUCGUCGACUACUUCGCCAAGAAAUGCCGCCACAUGGUAUUGAGCCCGUCAUCUCCGAGCUCGGUCUCCACGUCGACAAAUGGCGCAACGAUCGCAAGGUGGAAUACGAGAACAGCGACAUGGUCAAGUUUGCGAUGAGGCGUGAGAAGAUGAUCUCCGAGAUGCGAUCGGUGAUGUUCAUCGGUCGUUUCGCGCAGAAGAAGAAGAGCGAGAAAUCGGAGAUGGACGAGACGGAGAGCUCGGGGAAGGCGAAAGCAGAUUUGAAUUCGAAGAUGAGGACCGAGUUCGAGGUGGUCAAUAAGGUCCCUCGUGUUUCCUCGACCAAUAUUCCGGGCCGUCCUGCUCAAACUUCCGGAGGAGCCACUAGACGUCAAACUUCUGCCAACCCUCCCCUUCCAUCUUUUGCUGUACAGCGUGUCCCAUCGGCAUUGAAAACACAAAAAUCUGACUCCGACCCUGCCGGUACCGAGGACAAGACACAGGGCGGCAAGCAGAAGGAUGAAGAGUUAUUCUGCGUACUUUUCGGCGCAGCCGGCACCCUACAGCAAUGCCCGCGCGGCUGGAUGGUCGGCGGACCGAACCUACAAUGUCUGAAGCAAUUCGACGAGCCAUGGAUGGACAACUACACCGUGGCGUACAACGUCUGCGCCCAGAAGUACGCCUUGCCGCUUGAUUUGCCGGACAACGAAACUCGUGACGAAUUUUUAGAGCUGGACGGCUUCACGGCGGGGUAUCUCAAGGGACCAACGGACAGGGCCUGUUUUAACAUGCCCGUCUACGCCCUGCUUCAGCACAACCCACAGGCGAAAAAGUGCCCGGCGAUUCUAAUCCACGAAAAUGCGUGCAAACGCAAUACGAUCAUCACGUACCCGUGCGGAACGUCCCUCGGCACCAAACCGUACAUCGGCGUCAUCUGCCAAUGGAGCCACGGCAAGAAGAAGAUCCAAGCGGAGCAGGCGGUCGUCGCUCAAUUGAAAGCGAAAGCCGACGCGAGUGAACUACAAGCAGGCCUGCUAGUUAUCCUGAUAUUUGACGUGUUGAUGUUGAUGAUCAUCCUCGUAAUCCUCAUCUACGCAUGUCGAGCCACUGGAGAACAGAGAGAUUUCUUGAAAGGAAUUCGUCUCCUUGAUCGUCGACUACUUCGCCAAGAAAUGCCGCCACAUGGUAUUGUGCCCGUCAUCUCCGAGCUCGGUCUCCACGUCGACAAAUGGCGCAACGAUCGCAAGGUGGAAUACGAGAACAGCGACAUGGUCAAGUUUGCGAUGAGGCGUGAGAAGAUGAUCUCCGAGAUGCGAUCGGUGAUGUUCAUCGGUCGUUUCGCGCAGAAGAAGAAGAGCGAGAAAUCGGAGAUGGAGGAGACGGAGAGCUCGGGGAAGGCGAAAGCAGACUUGAAUUCGAAGAUGAGGACCGAGUUCGAGGUGGUCAAUAAGGUCCCUCGCGUUUCCUCGACCAAUAUUCCGGGCCGUCCUGCUCAAACUUCCGGAGGAGCCACGAGGCGUCAAACUUCUGCCAAUCCUCCCCGUCAAUCUUUUGCUGUUCAGCGUGUCCCAUCGGCAUUGAAAACACAGAAAUCGGAUUCUGACCCGGCCGGCACGGAAGACAAGACCCAGGGCGGCAAGCAAAAGGAUGAGGAGAUCGAAUCGAUG